CUGCUUCUCCUCCACAGAAUCCACUCUCCAGAGCCAACUCUCAUCUGCUUCUCCCCCACAGAAUCCACUCUCAUCUCUCUCUGAAACUUUUCAAUCGCCAUGGCCAAGAAGAAGCUCCAAAAUCAAGAAAACCGAACAGAAGCAACAACCCACAACGAUACCUCGGAGCAGUUGGCGAGCUUGAAAGCCCUCAACAAUCUCCUCGUCCGAGAGACCGUCGAGCGAAGAGAGCAGAUCGACACGCUACAAAAAUCCAAAGAAGCACUCGUAUCGGAGCUCGCACGGUCCAUUGCCGAAACCCAAAAGUUGGAAGCCGAAAAAUCCAUCCACCAAGAUGAAAUUGCUGCGUCCAAGAUUGAGCAGGCCAUGAGCGUCCUCAUCGUCGCUUCGGAACUGGGCCAACGAGAGGAGAAAUGGAGGGAAAAGAUUGCAAGCGUGGAGAAAACGGCAGCAGUGGAAGUGGAGAUGAAAUCAGCGAUGACCCAAAUGAUGAAAUCGAUGGAGCAAGAGAGGGAAGAGCUGAUGACUCGAGUCACACUUUCUGAUGCGAGGUUGGAGGAGAGCGUCAGAGACAGGGAAGAGAUCGAGCGGGCCGUGGCUGAGAAAGAGAUUAAGGUCAAGGAGCUGAGGAAAGAGGUGGAUAGCGUUCGAAAGGAUAUCGAUCUGCAUAAAGAGGAGGCGGGAAGGUUGAGAUUGGCUGUGGCGGAGCUGGAAAAGAGCAGUGCAAAGGGUCGAGCGGAUAACAGACAUCUGCAGAUGGAACGAGAUGGGCUGAUGGAAGAAAAGAUGGAGAUGGGGAGACGCUUCGAAUCUUUGAUGGAAGAGAGGGCUUCGAUGCAGAGGCGUCUGGAAGAGUCAUCACAGCAGUUCAAUGAUCUCAAGAAAGAGUUGCAGGACACAGUUAAAUCCAUGGAUGUCAUCAAGCGAACCUGGGUCGAGCAAGAUGCCGAGAUGACCGAGAUGCGGAAAGAGGUGGACUUGCUUGAAGCCGAACUUGGGCGUUGUAGGGAUACUUUAGACCAUGUUGUUCGUGAGAGGGAUGCGGCCCACACAGAUCUUGAUCGACAGAAAGAGGAGACUGAAGUUCUGAUGUCUAAAACGCUUGAGCUGGAGAAGAGUAAUGUGAUUAUCCAAGAGGAGGUCGGGAAUCUACGGUUGGAGCGGGAUGGGCUAGUGAAAGAAAGGGCAGAGCAGGAGAAAACCCUCGAAUCCUUGAUGAUCGAGAAGAAUUUGAUUGACAGGAGUUUGAAGGAGUCGUUGCAGUGGGUUGAGGAUCUGAUGAAGAAGAUAGAAGACAUUGUUAGAGACAAGGAAGAGAUGAAGCGGGUGAAGGCUGCUCGGGAGGACGACAUAACCCAGUUGCAGGAAGAGGUGAGCCGCCUCAGUGCUUCCGUGUCAGAACUUGAAGAAUUGUGUGGAGAUCUCACCAAGACGAAUGGUCUACUGGAUGCUGAUCUUAGCCAUCAAAAAGAUGCAUUUGAUGGCAUUCUUCAUGAGAAGGAUGGCAUUUUGAAGGACCUCGAUCAGCAAAAACAAGAGGCGGAGAGCUUAAAGAUGGAAGUUGUAGAGCUGGGGAAGAGCAACGAAGAGACCCGAGAAGAGCUUGGACAGACAAGAAUAGAGCGUGAUGGAUUGCUCGAAGCGAAGAAAGAAAGUGACCGACUAUUCGAAUUGCUGACUGAGGAUCGAAAUUCUAUGGAGAAAAGUCUAGUGGAGGCUCGACAAGGUCUCAACGAUCUGCAGACGAGAAUCAAAUUGGCAGAAACAGCGUUUGGACGAGCUUUAUCAAUGCUGAAGGAUACAUCAGAAAUGGUGUGUGAGAUGGAAAAUGGAGAAAAGGGCGGGAAAGGAGGAGGAGAGGAGAUAGACUGCGAAAUUCAAUCUUUCGCAGCAGAACUGGAAGCCAUCAAGAGGGCUUUUGAAAUUCGUGUCAGGAAGGUUGAAGAAGCAAGGGAAGAGAUUAAGUCUCUGCAGAUUUCGGUGGCCGAAUCGCAGAAGAGGAAGAACUUGUGGACAUGGCUGUCAUCUGCCACCACAAUUUUCGCUGCAGCAUCUGUUGCUUACGUCGCCAGAGGACGCUGAAAAUUAUUUUUCUUUAAGAAAACCAAGUUUUUUUUUUUCAGCACAGUGGUGUUAGACUGUUCUAAGAAUUUCUUUUGAUAAUCUUACUGCAGGUUCUAUGUUAUAGUUAUCUUUAUGUUGCCACUGAAAUUAUCAUUUCAGAAGUUUUUGACUCACCUUCACGUACGAAAUAUCAGCACUUUUUGUUCCUUUCUUC